AUGCCUGAAAUAGAUGAAUUAGAAAUGAAUGAACAAGGAGAAAGUGAGUCAGAAAAUGAGAUCGAUGAUACUGCAACACUAAUUAAUGAUUUUUCUAAUCCGGAGGCUCAACAAUUAGGAUCACCACCACCUCCAAUAACUGUUACAGAGGUUGUUGAAGCAUUGGAAAAAGUUAUAAGCUACCAAGAAAGUCUUGAAGUUGAAAAGGGAUUUGAUGAGAAUGGAUUAAAAAUGUUACGAAAAAGGUUUAAAGAAUGGUAUUAUGAAAGGGAAAAAAAUAAAAAACAAUCUUCACUUAUAUCUUUUUUUAGUCGUAUUAAUGAAUCUGAUAUUAGUAUCACACUCUAG